UCACUCAGUUCGCUCAUGCCUCGUAGUGCUGCGCGCGCAGGACGUCUGGGCCUGCUGCUACUGCUGCGGUGGUGAGCUGUGAGGUAGGCAAAGGCGAGCGAGAGAAGAAGGCCGCGUCUGAACGGUGGAUUGAUAGGAUUGACUACAUUGAGGAGUGCUCACUUUACUGCCACACCUGCUGGUGAGGGACUUCUGGGCUUUGUUGUGUUGAACAAAAGAAUUUUUUUAUUUCAAGUGGAAGGAGACAGUGCCAGGCAACCAUCAAGUUGUGACAAAGCAGUCCAAGUAAGAAUUAAGUGAAAGGAGUGAGAAAAAAUGUCAAAAACAAAUAAAUCCAAAUCGGGGUCCCGUUCUUCUCGUUCAAGAUCUGGUUCUCGAUCCCGGUCCCGGUCUUUCUCAAAAUCUCGGUCCCGAUCCCGGUCUGUUUCUCGAUCAAGAAAACGCAGGCUCAGUUCUAGGUCCCGUUCGAGAUCAUACUCUCCAUCUCAUAACAGGGAGAGGAACCACCAGCGGGUCUACCAGAACCGGGAUUUCCGAGGGCAUAACAGAGGUUAUCGGAGACCCUAUUAUUUCCGUGGAAGGAACAGAGGGUUCUACCCAUGGGGUCAAUAUAACCGAGGUGGCUAUGGAAAUUACAGGUCCAACUGGCAAAACUACCGCCAAGCCUAUAGCCCUCGUAGGGGACGCUCACGUUCUCGGUCACCCAAGAGGAGAUCUCCAUCCCCAAGAUCUAGAAGCCAUUCAAGAAAUUCUGACAAGUCCUCAUCUGAUAGGUCAAGGAGGUCUUCAUCAUCUCGAUCCUCCUCUAAUCACAGCAGAGGCGAGUCCUCCAAACGUCGGUCAUUGAAGGAGAAGAAGUCUUCUUCCAAGGAUGCCCGGGGGUCUCAGGGUGCUGGAGACAACCAAGGGGAUGACACCAAGGAACCGCCCUUCUCAGGAGGAACUGCACAGGAUGCCAAAUCCUCAGAGGGAUCGAAAUCUUGGCAAGAAGUGGGUGCUUAUGGCACAGGUUCAGCAUCAAGGGCCUCUGCUGUGACAGAGUUGAGUCCAAAAGAGCGAAGCCCAGCACUAAAGAGCCCUCUCCAGUCAGUUGUCGUGAGGCGCCGUUCACCUAGGCCAAGCCCACUUCAGAAGCCCAGUCCUACAUCUUCCAACCCUUCACAGCUGGGCUCGACUCUGCAGAGCAGCAGCUCCUUCCAGGCAGGCUCACAUCAGUUUGAGCAUAAUUUAGCAGGCCUGAGCCCAACAAGGAAAAGUCCUGUGUGCAAAAGCCCCACAACAAUCAGUUCCAUUUAUGGGGCAUCUCAGAAGGAGGAAAUGGGGAUAGCCUUCUCCAAAAGGUAUUUGGAAGAGCAAAAAGCUGAGAAUGGGAAAGACAAAGAGCAGAAACUGUCGAACAUGGAAAAAGAAAAAAUGAAAGAGAAAGGAAUUUUCUCUGACCUGGGAUUAGCAGAUGGUAAAACAAAAACAGAUCCGUAUGCCUCCAAAGCUGAUACAGAAAAGCUGUAUCGUGGAAGUCAGUCCCCAAAGCGCUAUAAGCUCCGAGAUGAUUUUGAAAAGAAAAUAGCAGAGUUCCACAAGGAGAGCCACUAUGGCAAAGAGGAGGCAGAUGAGCCCGAGAAGAAGGUUAAAGGCAAAGGGCGAAAGGAAUCCAAUUUUGAUGAGGAUGAGGACGAUGAGCCGAAGUUUCUGUCCAAGACGUUGUCUGCUUCCAAUAAAAACCAGGAGGAAGAUCGAUCAGGCAAAUGGGAAGGCCUAGUAUUUUUGCCUGGAGCCAAAGAGAAGCAGAGGAAAGCCGAGGAGGUGGAGGAGGAGUCCUAUGCUGAGCAGACCAAGAAGGAAGAGAGGCAGGUUGCCAAGAGAGCAGAAGCCGGGCACAGAGGCUUUGUUCCAGAGAAGAAUUUCCGAGUUACCACUUACAAAGCCAGCCAGGAAAAGAAUGCUACAUCUCCUCCUCCACGAAAAACUUCAGAGGGCAGAGAGAAGCUGGGCACACGGGGAGAGGGCCUGGCCACUGGCAAGUCUUCCUUUUCCAUCACUCGUGAGACCCAAGUCAACCUCCGAAUGGAUUCUUUUGAUGAGGAUCUUGCACGCCCAAGCGGGAUUUUGGCACAGGAGCGCAAACUGUGUCGUGAUCUGGUGCACAGCAACAAAAAGGAGCAGGAGUUUCGCUCCAUUUUCCAUCACAUCCAGUCCGCCCAGUCUCAGCGGAGUCCCUCGGAGCUCUUUGCUCAGCAUAUUGUGACCAUUGUUCACCAUGUGAAAGAGCAUCAUUUUGGGUCUUCGGGAAUGACAUUGAAUGAGCGCUUUACAAAAUACCUAAAACGAGCGGAGCAAGAGUCUGCUAAGAACAAAAGCCCUGAAAUCCACAGGAGGAUAGACAUUUCUCCCAGUUCCUUUAGAAAACAUGGAUUCUCGCAAGAGGAAAUCAAAAGUUCCAAAGAAUCCAGCUACAAGGCCGAAAGCAAAUACAAAGAGGACCCAGUUGACCUGCGCCUUGACAUUGAACGGCGUAAAAAACAUAAGGAGAAAGAUAAGCGAGGCAAGUCGAGGGAAUCGGUGGACUCCAGACCCUCAAGUCAUUCACGGGAGAGAUCAACGGAGAAAACUGAGAGGUCUCAUAAAGGGUCCAAAAAGAAGAAGCACCGGCGUGUGCGGGAGCGAUCUAGGUCAAGCUCCUCGUCAUCACAGUCUUCCCGCUCCUACAAAGCAGAGGAGUACCCCGAGGAGACUGAAGAGCGAGAGGAGGCUGCCCCUGGCUUUGACAAAUCCCGCCUUGGGACCAAGGAAUUUACGGGCCCAACUGAUAGGGGCAGAGCCCGAGGAACCUUUCAACAGUUCCGGGCCAGGGGUCGUGGCUGGGGAAGAGGGACCUUCUCUGGCAACAGCAACAACAACAACAGCAGUGGCGGCAGCGGCAGCACCGACUUCCAGAAGCGGAGCAGGGAGGAGGAGUGGGACCCCGAGUACACCCCCAAGAGCAAGAAGUACUACUUGCAUGAUGACCGUGAGGGCGAAGGGGGUGAGAAAUGGGUGAACAGAGGCCGGGGAAGGGGCAUCUUCCCCAGAGGGAGGGGCCGUUUCCUGUACCGAAAAUCGAGCACCAGUCCCAAAUGGGCCCAUGACAAGUUUAGUGGUGAGGAGGGAGAGAUUGAGGAUGAUGAGAGCGGGGCUGAGAACAGAGAGGACAAAGAGGCCCUUCAGUCGGUGGCAGAGUAGCAGUCUCGACAAGUGGAAAGAGGGUCCUGAGACCCUGAAGCAGCAACAGCUGUUGGAGGGGGGACUCUGUCAGUCUGGACAGUAAUUGAUCCUUAUUGACUAGUUGAAUGUUCUUUUAUUUUCUCUUUUUUAAUUUUUCAGUGAUCUCAUGGAGGACAGUGGAGUGAGUUCUGCCCAAUACUAUUGGCAAUCAGUUUUUGCGCGCUCGCUCUUUUUAAUGUGAUGAUACAUGUGGGAAAUUAAUUCCCUGCUCUUUGUUUUCCCCCUCUCUUCCUGUUUGUGGAUAUUCUUUUUUAGAAAUCCUUUAUUUUAAGCGUUUGCAUAUAUAUACACAUAUAAAAACAACACCCCUUAAAAUGGUUAACUUCAGAAAGGCGUUUGUGGUUCUUAUAUAUAGAAGAAAAAUGCAUGUGAAUAAACAUCUGACUAGAAACUGUUGGGACCAAACUGUGGUGUUCUUAAUUUAAAGGAACUUUCCCUCUGCUUGAAUUUGGAGUCGUUUCUCUUUAAAGAAUCGCCUAUUGUUUUUUCCCUUUUUGUGCUGACGUUCUAAAGUGUAGCAUGGCACAGUUGAGGGGGAAGGACCCAAGCUCUCCCCACCACAACCACCAAAAUGCAAAACUGCUCUUGGCUAAUGGUAGCAGCAUCUUGGUCCGGUCACUCUAGAUUUCUUGCAUACCCUCUUUGCCUCCAAUUGUGAAUCUGAACACUAUUUUUGGGGUCACAUAGUUUUCUAAGAAACUUGUGAAUAUACUAGGUUUUAAAAAAGAAAACCAGACAUAUAGCAUGAGAAAUGAGGAUUUUUUCCAGUAUUUUUAUUAAUCUUUUUAUAAAGCAAUUUUGACUCACUUCUGUGAUGGCCAUGGGUAAGUUGCUGACAGUUGGUUUUGUGAUUCUCUUCAGCUUUAAAUCCGCAGCACUCGAAACAUGUUGGGCAGGUGAUGUGCUCACUCUCCCAAGCCAGCUACAGAGACUGUAGUUGCCCUAUUGAGAAAUCUGUCCCCCUGGAAAUGAGACUUUGCAGUGCUUCUCUUUGUUCCCCUUUUCCUCUCUGUGCUAUAAAUAGAGCUCCAUUUUGUGGGACUGGUGCAGUUCUUGCUUAGCAAAGCCUGCAAGCUUUUGUUUUGACUCCUUGUUCAAAUAAAAUUACAUUGAAAUGUAC